AUGCCUGAACUCGUCGGAAAGACUGUAGGCCCAGUGGGCUAUGGCCUCAUGGGCCUAACAUGGCGCCAGAACCCACCGCCAGCCGAGCAGAGCUACGAAGCUAUGCGCACGGCACUUUCGCUCGGCGCAAACAACUGGAACGGUGGCGAACUCUACGGCUCCCCAGAGCGCAACUCUCUACACCUUCUCAACGAGUACUUCACCAAGUAUCCAGGUGACGCAGAGAAAGUUGUCCUGUCCAUCAAGGGUGGACUCAAGAAGGGCGAGAUGGCGCCCGAUGGCAGUCGCGAAAACAUCAGGCGCAGCAUCGACGAGUGCUUGAAAGUCCUGGAUGGCAAGAAGAGCCUAGAUCUUUUCGAGUGUGCCAGAGUCGAUCCCAAGACACCAAUCGAAGAAACUGUCGGCUACAUCGCCGAGUACGUCAAAGAGGGCAAGCUCGGCGGUAUCAGCUUGUCAGAGGUUGGCCCGCAGUCGAUCCGCAAGGCGCAUGCUGCACACCCCAUCUCGGCGGUUGAGGUAGAGUUCUCGCUCUGGAGCACUGAGAUCCUGGAGAACGGCGUGGCGGCGACGUGCGCAGAGCUGGGUAUCCCCAUCAUCGCCUACUCUCCUCUUGGACGCGGAUUUCUGACUGGCAAGUACAAGAAACACGAAGACAUCGAGCCCGACUCUAUGCUCCAUCACUUUCCUAGAUUCCAGCCCGACGUCUUUGAUGAGAACAUUAAGCUACUCAACGCUGUCGAGGAUAUGGCCAAGGCAAAGGGAGCCACACCAGCUCAGAUUGCCCUCGGCUGGGUACUCGCGCAGAGCGGUGCCAAGGGUAUGCCCACCAUCAUCCCAAUUCCAGGUGCUACAACGUCGGAGAGGAUUCAGGAGAACACGAAGCCGGCGCAGCUCAACGACGAGGAGAAGAAGGCGCUGGACGAGAUCUUGAAGAAGUUUGCCCCAACCGGUAGCCGAUAUCCCGAGUCUAUGUCGGCAUUGCUGUCCGCAUAG